AUGGCUCCCGCUGGAAAGCAGAAGAAGAAGUGGUCCAAGGGCAAGGUCAAGGACAAGGCCCAGCACGCCGUUGUUUUCGACAAGAGCACCUCGGACCGUCUUAACAAGGAUGUCCAGUCCUACCGUCUGAUUACUGUCGCCGUCCUGGUCGACAGACUUAAGAUCAACGGCUCCCUCGCCCGCAAGGCCCUCGCCGAUCUCGAGGAGAGGGGUGUUAUCAAGAAGGUUGUCAACCACCACGCCCUGGAUGUCUACACCCGGGCUGUCACCGCCGAGUAG